CUCUCUUCUGCUGUCAGCGAUGGCGUCUGCUAAUCUGAGUGCUGAGCUGGAAUGUUCCGUCUGUCUGAACAUUUAUACAGAUCCUGUAAACCUGAGAUGUGGUCACAACUUCUGCCGGGCCUGUAUUGAUCGUGUGCUGGAUACACAGGAGGGGUCUGGAGGAUAUUCCUGUCCAGAAUGCAGAGAGAAGUUUCCAGAUCGUCCUGCCCUGCACAGGAACAUAACACUACGUAACAUAGUGGAGAAUUUUCUGUCUGCUCAGCCAGAUCAGGAGGAGUCCGGGGUCUUCUGUACUCACUGUGUGGACGCUCCUGUACCUGCUGUUAGAUCCUGUCUACACUGCGAGGUUUCUCUGUGUGAUAAACACCUGAGAGUCCACAAAAAGUCCCCAGAACACAUCUUAUGUGACCCCACCUUGUCCAUGGAGAGCAGGAAAUGCUCCAUCCAUAAGAAGAUCCUGGAGUAUUACUGCACUGAGGAUGAGACCUGUAUCUGUGUGUCCUGCUGUCUGAUUGGAGGACAUAAAGGACAUAAGAUGGAGUCACUGGAUGAGGCUUCUGAGAAGAAGAAGGAGACACUGAGGAAUGUUCUGCAGAAACUUCUGACAAAGAGAGAGGAGACGGACGAAAGAGUCCAGAGUCUGCAGGAAUACAGGAGGAAAGUAAUAGAUUAUGACACCAUGCGAGUCCAUACCUACUUUAGAAAUCUCAGGAGUCACCUGGAGGACCUGGAGAAGAGCUUCCUGAGGGAAAUCCCCAGGUCGGCAGAUCAGGUCUCCAUCUUCAUCCGGGAUCUGGAAAUAAAGAAGGAGGAGCUGUCCAGGAAGAUGCGUCACAUUGAGGAGCUGUGUAACAUGACGGAUCCACUGACUGUCUUACAGGAAUCAGACACAGGUGACUUGUGUGAUACUGAGGAUGGAGAUAAUGAGGACAGAGAUAGACAUGAGGAGCUCCUCUAUGGUGUACAGGAUCAAGGUUUUGAUGUAAAUAGGAUCUUAAGCACAUUACACACUUUAUCUGAAAUAAUAACAGAGGUAAAUAUAGACUUCUAUAUAGAGAACGCUGAAGACAUGCACCUGAAUGUGGACACAUUGCAUACAAGUCUACAGAUAUCAGAUGGCUGGAAAACCGUAUCCAAGUCAGAUACAGAGCAGAAUCUUCCAGAAACACCCGAGAGAUUUCGGGAUUCUCCUCAGGUGUUGAGCAGUCAGAGAUUCUCCUCAGGGAAACAUUACUGGGAUGUGUAUGUUGAGGGAUCGGAGAACUGGAGAGUCGGGGUGUGUUACCCCAGUAUGGACAGGACAGGAAGGGAGUCGUGUAUUGGAAAUAAUAACAAGUCCUGGUGUUUGGCCAGAAAUGGUCGAAAGUAUCGGCUGAAACAUGACAACAAGGCGAUGUACUUAAUGGACAAUACCAGUAACGCAGUCAGGAUAUAUAUGGAUUAUGAGGCCGGGCGGAUCUCCUUUUAUGAUCUGUGUGACCCGAUCCGACUCCUCCACACCUUCACCACCACCUUCACUGAGCCCCUCCAUGCUGGGAUAGGUGUAUGGGGAGGUUGUAUAAAGAUCUGUAGAAGGUAUUAGUAGAAUUCUGCCCAGAGACUGGUGGCCUCAUAGGAAGAAGGGAUAGGAUUGGUGGAAUAUUCAGCCAAUAGGAUAAGGCAGUGGGUUGGACUUCAAUUGUUGCCCUGCAGGUUUUCUACUAUAAGGGCUCUUUCACAUGGAGCGGACCGUUUCUCGGUCCGCUCCGUGUGUCCGCCAAAGCUCAGC